CCGACGAUUUCAUUUUCCGUCGGAAUGUCCGUCAGAAUACCGAUGUUUUCUCGUAGUGAACUCAUGUUGACCAUUUCAAUAUAAAAGAUAAAUUCUUUUAUUCUGUUGACCCAUUUACUAAAUUUCAAAACAUGAAAUUUAUGUAUGGUCCAAAUAUCUUUUCUUAUACAAUCAAAGUCUUAAACUUUAAUGUAUUUUCUCCACUUUAAAUAAAAGAGGAAUUAAACCUCAUAUUUCUAAUGUGAUAUAUUUUACAAAUAAUCCACAUUAGACUUUCAUUUCUCAUUCAAACGAAUUUCGUUUUUUAACAUAUGAUUACACUAUUUCAUAGUUUCAAACAUUCGGUUAUUCUGACGAACGUCUUCGUCCCAAAACUUAUCAAUAAAUGCUCCAAAACCAUUUUGUCAAAAACGAGUUCCAACAAUGUUUUCCAAGAAAGAGGGCAUGUUUCGCAUGGGAUCUCCAGAAUCACAAACACAAGAUUCAGAGGCUGCGGUUUAAAAACAUUCCCGAGUUAACCAAGACCACAAACGAGCUUAUGGAUUCGUGCUGCACGUACGAGCACUUGGUGGAGUCAGUAACCACCGGCGAAACUUUCUUGGUUAAGCAGUACAAGAAGACUGUUGAGAUCGAUGAUGGUGUUGCCAAAAUGAGAACAGAAUAUUUAAUGGUGUUCAAACUAGACGGUGAAGGCAACGCGGUUCACACUGAAGACAUAGGAGAUCUUGUCAUUUUCCUCUCAAUGUCUGAACCUUUUUGUCUCCGGGCUAGUUCUUUUCCUGUCCUGUUCCCGAACAGCGUUGAAAGCUUGGAUUACUGGGAAAAUGUAACUGUCGAACUGGCUGACUACUUAGUUAUUAGAGGCUUUCGUCCAUUCUUGGCCCCUUACCUUAUUCCACCACAACAUAUAGAUUAGUAAAUGUUUGUAUGUAAUAGAGUCAUGCAUCCACAAUUAUAAGCUUUUGUAACUUCAUUUCCACUGUUACCAAUCAGUUGCUUCGUAGAUAAAAAAUACGGAAUUACCUAAUAUGACUAAAAUAUAUAUUGCAAUUAAUGAUUUUGAAUAAUAAAAAUUUGAUAACAAUUUUUAUAUAUCAUUUUAUAUUUUAUAUUAUUAAAAUAAACUUAAAAAUCAUAUUCACUAUAUAAUAAAAAUAGAUUUUAGUAUAUGUUAUAUUUUGAAUUAAAAAAACGGUUUUAAAUUACUAAAACUAUUAAAAGUCUUACAUUUAAAAAUUGGUGAUCAACGGUAUUAAGUUUUUGUUAUCACAAUAUACAAAUGAUCACAAAAUUAUAUGGAUAGAAAUUCUCAAUUAAUAGAUAUUCAUAUUAAAAAUAUAAAUAUUGUAAUACUGUUUAAAUUAAAUUAUAUACCAUAUCAAAAUAUAUAUUUUAGGUCUUAAAUUUUCAUUUAAAAAGUACUGAAAACUUAAUAUUUUAAUUUUGCAAUUUGUAUUAAAUUUUUAAAUACGAUUAUAAAUUACACAAGUUAUUAAAAGUCCACAUUAAAAAUUUUGUUUUCAGCAGUUUAAAUUUUUUGUUAUAAAAAAUACAAAUGAUCGUAAAAUCUUAUGAGUACGAAGUCUUAUUUAAUAGAUAACCAUAUUAAAAAGUAUACUAUAUAUGUAUGUUAAUAUGUUUUAAAUUUAACUAUAUACCAUUUAAAAUAGGUAAAUAUGAUUGUAUUUAUUUAUCAUAAACACAUUGUAAAUAAAAAGAGUGAUUAUUUUAAUUUAUAUGUCAGUGCCAAUUUAAUUAAUACUAGGAUAAGACAUGCGCCUUGCGCAUGGUGAAAUAUUUAUUAAAAAAAUUAUGUUUUCAUAUUGUAAAAAUUGAUGAUUUCUGAAUAUAUGUGUUCUUGUGGUCAAAAUAUAUUUGAUAUUUAUGUUUUUCUCAAU